AUGACGCCAGGAGCAUGCAAGGAGGAAACGAAGAUUCCCUAUGACGAGCAAAUUCAAGAAAGUGGAUUCGAUCGAGGCAUACGUGGAUGCUCACUAUUGCUUCUGAUCGCUGCAUUUGUGGUGUGGGUUAUAGCCGAUUCGACUGACUCUCGGAUACGUUUAAGAAGUCUCGUUGGCUUCGCAAUGUACAUUCUUAUUGCCUUCCUACUAUCAGCAAAUCCAGCGAAGGUGAAAUGGCGACCAGUAAUUUGUGCAGUUAUAUUGCAAAUCACUGUUGCGUUUUUGGUACUGAGAUGGCGUACUGGACAUGAAGCAUUUCAGUGGUUCAGUGAACAGGUGGUAACGUUCCUCGAUUAUGGGUUGGUCGGUGCUGCGAGCGCUUACGGAUUUGUUGCUGCUCCACCAAAGAUAUGUGGAAUGGUGUCGGUUUUCAUCUUUAGUGCUAUCCAAAUCUUAAUCUAUUUCGGUGCAAUAGUAAGUGUUCUCUAUUACUUGGGAAUCAUCGAGACCGUUCUAACGCGAGUGGCUUGGUUAAUGCAAAACACUAUUGGUACUACGGCAGCAGAAAGUUUGAACGCAGCCGGUUGCAUAUUCCUCGGACAGGCUGAAUCAGCGGUUCUGAUAGGACCAGCACUCAAGACAAUGACCGAUAGCGAGAUACAUGCGGUGAUGUCGGCUGGUUUUGCGUGCAUUGCUGGCUCGCUCUUCUCAGCAUACAUCUCCUUCGGUGCUUGCCCAACAUACCUCCUUUCUGCAACAGUUAUGGCAGCUUCAAUAUCGUUGGCUCUGUCCAAAUUGAUGUAUCCGGAGGUUCAAAAAUCCAACCAGAAAGAGGUCGGCUCAUUCAAAUUUGCAACCAGAAACACCAGUAGCAUUCUCGAGUGUUUAUGUGAUGGUGCGUGGCAUUCAUCGAAGUUGGUUUGGGCGAUUGCUGCCAAUUUAAUCGUAUACAUUGCACUCCUGGCGUGUCUUAAUACUGUUGUUGCAUUUUUCGGUUCACUCGUUGAUAUGCCAGACCUAACAUUCAAUAAAAUUCUCGGAUAUUGUUUUUUCCCCUUUGCCUACAUGCUGGGAGCAUCAGAUGCAGAGGAUCCUGUGAAAGCCACUGAAGAAACACUAAUGGUAGCUGAGUUGAUUGGAGUGAAGACAGCACUCAAUGAAUUUAUUGCUUAUCAGCAGCUUAGUCAACUGAUCAGCACUGGACAAUUAACCGGUAAACGUGCCAAAAUGAUAGCCACUUACGCCUUAUGCGGAUUUUCGAAUAUCUCAAUGAUUGGAACACAAAUUGGUAUUCUCUCUGCACUCUGCCCUCAACGCAAAUCGUCAUUCUCACGCGUGGCUGUCAGAGCGCUCAUCACAGGAAUAUUGUCAUGUUGUAUGACAGCUUGUGUUGCUGCUACAGCACAAUCCGGGGUCGUCAGCAUAGGUCGCUUUGAAUCACCUUUAGAAUCAAUCCUAUGGUUACAGUACAUCCGAGAAAAAAGUGGAGCACCUAAUUUCAGAGAGCUGCUACUUACGAUGGAUCUUGUGCUUUCAUCUCUUUUCAGAAUAAUCAAAUUAGUGACAGCAGUGACACUGAUAAUUGGGUUCCAUGCUUAUGCUAUCUACACAUUCGUACGUGAUAUCCACCUUUCACUGGCACUUCUCGUUCUGAUGUUAUUAACUUAUUUUGGCUUCUUGUAUUUUUUGGUGAUCAAAAAGUGGCUCAUUCGUAUGCAGCCUAAAUUGGUACCAUUUGCUGAAGUCAUGGGUCACAUUUGGAAUAUUGAUCUGUGCGGCAUUCACAUCGUCAAACUUGGUGCACUAGCAAUUCUUAUUGCUGCAUUCGUGAUAUGGGUGAUAAUCGAUUCCGCUGAUUCGCGAAUUCGUUUACGCAGUCUCCUUGGUUUUAUAAUGUACAUUGUGCUGGGAUUUCUGUUUUCAGCUAAUCCAGCUAAGGAAAAGGGCACACGCAAUCUUCACGGAAUUCUCGAAGACAUCAAGAACAUAGGCUUCAAGUUUCAACCGGAGAAUGCCAUUCAGCCGAGAUCAGAAUGGGCACAAAAUGAUCACAGAUUGAGUUGUACGGUGAAAUGGCGACCGGUGAUAUGUGCAAUAAUAUUGCAGUUCCUUGUUGGAUUCCUUGUUCUGCGUUGGCCGGCUGGACAUGCUGCAUUCAGAUGGUUCAGUGAGCAGGUUGUAACAUUUCUUGACUAUGCCUUGGUGGGUACUGCAAAGACAUACGGAUUCGUUUCGGCGCCUCCCGAGAUUUGCGGACUGGCUUCGGUGUUCAUUUUCAGUAGCUUGCAAAUUAUCAUCUAUUUCGGUGCUAUAGUGAGUGUGCUAUACUAUCUGGGUAUUAUCGAGGCUGUUCUCACAAGAAUCGCCUGGCUUAUGCAAUACACAGUUGGUACCACUGCUGCCGAGAGUCUAAAUGCAGCUGCUUGCAUAUUUCUGGGACAGACUGAAGCAGCUAUUUUGAUAGAACCAGCACUGAAAACAAUGACUGAGAGUGAGAUUCAUGCGGUGAUGACGGCUGGAUUCGCGUGUAUCGCUGGCUCUCUUUUCUCGGUGUAUAUGUCGUUUGGGGCUUGUCCCACGUAUCUGCUUUCCGCAACUGUGAUGUCCGCCGCAGUUUCGUUGGCUGUUUCCAAGCUGAUGUAUCCAGAAAUUCAGGUGUCGAGGCAGAAGGAUAUCGCAUCGUUUAAAUUUGCAGUCAGAGAAUCGGCCAAUGUUCUGCAUUGUAUGUGCGAAGGCGCAUGCCAUUCGUCGAAAUUCGUUUGGGCAAUCGGUGCAAAUUUGAUAGUGUUCAUUGCACUACUCGCCUUGCUCAAUUCAGUUGUGCAAUUUUUUGGCUCUUUGGUUGAUNUUCCAGAUCUUACCUUCAAUAAAAUUCUCGGCUACUGCUUCUUCCCGUUUGCAUUCAUGAUGGGUGCAUCUGAUCAGCCGGAUCCAGCAGUACGUAACACUCAAACGAGCGCAAAUGAUCGCAACGUACGCUCUGUGCGGAUUCUCAAACAUUUCGAUGAUCGGAAGUCAGAUGGGUCAGUCAUUUGUCCAUUUACAAAGCACAAAAAGGAAGCAAACUUCACGCGAUUCUUCGUACUUUCUAAACUUAAAAGCACACUAAUCAAAACGAUCUUAUUUGUUAUAGGUAUUCUAUCAGCGAUGUGUCCUAAAAGGAAGUCAAUUUUCGCGAAAGUUGUCGUGAGAGCACUUAUCGCAGGAAUAUUCUCGUGUUUUAUGACUGCGUGUGUUGCAGGAAUACUCAUCUCAGAACCGAUAUCUUGUCCAACCACUAUUGGCGCCGGCUGUCUGGAUCUUAGUAGAGUUAGAACGUACUGGAAUGAGACGACCUACAAUGAUACGCACAACUGA